UCUGGGAAGAACAUCUUCACCCUGAGCAACAGAAGUGGAGCUUCAGGAUGGAGCCACAGCCCUCCCACAUUAAAAAGGAAGAGGAACACCCACUGAUCCCCCAUUUUAAAGAGGAAGAGGAUGACCCACUGACACCCCAUUUUAAAGAGGAAGAGAAGGACCCACUGAUCCCCCAUUUUAAAAAGGAAGCCGUGGAUCCACUGAGUCCUCACAUUAAGGAGGAAAAGGAGGACCCACUGAGCCCUCUCAUUAAAGAGGAAGAGGAGGAACACAGCAUCAGUCAGCAGGGAGAGCAUCUUGAAGGACUGGAGGAGGUUGAUGUCACCAAGAUGCCAGUGACUGGUGUCCCUGUGAAGAGUGAAGGUGAUGAGGUCAAAGGUGAGAGUGAGGAGAAGAGAGAGGCGGAGCCUCCAAGCAGCAGCUCAACUCAACACAUGACAACAGAAGCUGAUGGAGACCACUGUGGAGGAUCACAAGCAGACAAGCUCUUAGCUCCACUAUCAGAUAGUGAGGACACAACGUCACACUCUCCUGACACUGAUGAUGAAGACUCUAAAGAUGAUAAGACAUGUCACACUGACAACACACACUUCACAUGUUCUCACUGCGACAAAACUUUUAAAUAUCCUAGUAAAUUGAAAAGACACAUGAGAACACACACUGGAGAAAAACCUUUUUCAUGUUCAAUCUGCAGUAAAGAUUUUACUUAUAAGCACGAAUUGAAAAUACACAUGAAAACACACACUGGAGAAAAACCUUUUUCAUGUUCACUCUGCGGUAAAGGUUUUAAUCAAAGGGAUCCUUUGAAAAUACACAUGAGAACACACACUGGAGAAAAACCUUUUUCAUGUUCAAUCUGUGGUAAAGAUUUUAAUCAUAAGGAUCCUUUGAAAAUACACAUGAGAACACACACUGGAGAAAAACCUUUUUCCUGCUCAGAAUGUGGUAAAAGUUUUGGAACAAAUUAUAAUUUAAAAGUACACAUGAGAUCACACACUGGAGAAAAACCUUUUUCAUGUUCAAUCUGCGGUAAAGAUUUUACUCAAAAGCAGCAUUUCAAAGCACACAUGAGAAUACACACUGGAGAAAAACCUUUUUCAUGUUUAAUCUGCGGUAAAGAUUUUACUCAUAGGCAACAUUUGAAAAUGCACAUGAGAUUACACCCUGGAGGAAAAUCAGAAUGUGGUAAAGGUUUUGUGUUAAAUCAAGUUUUAAAAGAACACAUGAGAAUACACACUGGAGAAAAACCUUUUUCAUGUUCAAUCUGUGGUAAAGAUUUUACUCAUUGUCAAAGUUUGAAAAGCCACAUGAGAACACACACUGGAGAAAAACCUUUUAUAUGUUCAGUAUGUUGUAAAAGUUUUAUAAAAAGUCAGCAUUUGGAAGUACACAUAAGAACACACACUGGUGAAAAACCUUUUAUAUGUUCAGUAUGUGGUAAACGUUAUAUAGAAAGACAGCAAUUAAAAUUACACAUGAGAACACACUCUGGUGAAAAACCAUACACCUGUUCAAGCUGCAUCAAAAGCUUUCGUCACCUAAACACUCUUAAAGUACACAUGAGAACACACACAGGAGAGAAAGUGUUGAGUUGCAGUGUGUGUGGUGAAAGAUUCUCCUAUAAGUACCAGUGUAAGAAACACAAGUGUGCUGGUGAGAACAGCAGCAGCAAAUGAAGAUGCAGGAUUUGAAAUACACUUUCUAACAACAUCAGCACAUAUAACAUGUGUGACAUCAUUGUUGUGUGUGUAACACAAUCUUGUUAAUAUGAUUCUAACAUUUAUAGAUUAGACACUUCAGGUUAGUGCUUUUAUUUCAGUCAAGUACAUGAGUUAAUAUACACAUUUGUGUACUUUAAAAUCAACAGAAAUAAUUUGAAGAGGUGAGAAUAAACAGUACAUAAAAUAUGUUACAUACAAUACACAUUUUGUGUAGAUAUUCAUAAUUCACUUUUAUACUUAUUCAUAAUAGUGUUUCAUAUAUGGUUUUUU